GAGAAUGCAAUGUUACCCCCAGAGUUUUGAAUAUGCUCAGAGAUCUUAGGCCCUGGUCUCGCUCUUUUGCAAGGCAGGCGGCCCUGUAAGUGAUAGGCUAACAGUUCUAGACGAAGUUCGCAAUGCUGAAGAUAUAUAAAGCGAGUACCCUAGCACGCUUUUGCAUUGCUCGAAUUUUUCUUGGAGGUGUAAUUUUUCUCCCACUUUGCAUGGUGCACCAUGGUCUCAUUGAGAAGUUUCUUGCUGGUCUUCGGAUCCCUUCUAUCUGCCGUGCUUGCUGCGCCGACUCUCGAAAGUCGCCAGACUUUGCAGACGAUUCCGGGCAAGUAUAUUGUCACCUUCAAGCCGGGAACCGACGAUGCCAAGAUCGACGAGCAUACAGCUUGGGCGACCAACCUUCACAGGCGGCACCUUGAAGGCCGUAGCUUUAUCGAGGGAGACCUUCCAGCUGGCAUUGAAAGAUACUAUAAAAUCAACAGGUUCUCUGCGUACGCUGGUUCCUUUGACGAUGCAACCAUUGCGGCCAUUCGCCAACACGCAGACGUUGCGAACGUCGAGGAGGACCAGGUCUGGGAACUUGACGGACUGGUCACCGAGCGCAAUGCGCCGUGGGGUCUAGGAUGCAUCUCCCAUCGAGGACAGAAUAGCACGGACUACAUCUAUGAUGAUAGCGCCGGAAUUGCCACCUAUGCUUAUAUUGUAGAUACAGGCAUCUUGAGCUCUCAUGACGAAUUCGGUGGUCGCGUCCUCUUGGCAUACAAUGCUGCCGGAGGACAGCACGUUGAUGGUGUCGGACAUGGUACACAUGUUGCCGGAAUUAUUGGUGGACGGACGUACGGCGUGGCGAAGAGAGCGACUCUGGUUUCGGUGAAGGUCUUUGUGGGGGAAUCCAGCUCCACCUCGGUCAUCCUCGAUGGCUUCAACUGGGCUGUCAAUGAUAUCGUGAGCAAGAACCGCACGAGCAAAUCCGUCAUCAAUAUGAGCUUGGGUGGAAGCUAUUCCAGCACAUUCAACGAUGCGGUCGAAAAUGCUUUCGAUGAGGGAGUGCUCUCUAUUGUUGCUGCAGGUAACGAGAAUAGAGAUGCCUCGCGGACGAGCCCCGCGUCUGCGCCCGAUGCUGUUACUGUGGCUGCCAUCAACCGACGUAAUUCGCGCUCUAACUUUUCCAACUACGGCUCUUUUGUCGACAUUUUUGCUCCCGGCGAGGAUAUUCUUUCCUCCUGGAUAGGAUCAGACACAACGACCCGGAGCAUCUCGGGGACCUCAAUGGCCACGCCCCACGUUGCUGGCUUGACCAUGUACCUCAUGGCGCUUGAGAACCUGUCUACGCCAGCUGCGGUGACAGCCCGCCUGAAGGCAUUGGCCACGCGGAACGUAGUCACUAAUACCGCUGGAAGCCCGAAUCUACUGGCAUAUAACGGAAACGGAAGGGCUGACAACCACCAGGGAGGCGGGAAUGGUGAUGGAGAUAACGACGGAGAUUUGGAAUGAGAAAAAGCUUGGGAACAUGUAGCCAGGUAUGGCCCAGACUAAUGGAUUCCCAGUGUGGAUGGAUUUGGAGCUAGUCUAAGACGAUAUAUGACUUGAGACAUGAGAGUAGGGAAAUUUCAGAAGCCACGAAUGCAA